AUGCCUGCGUAUCACUCUUCCUACAAUGACGAGCCGAAUGUGCGGCAGAUAGCGGGUGUGUCGAUUCUUCCGCUGAAUUCCAAGAUUCGGGGGCCAGCGCCUCUGCCGGUCGAUCCAUCGCGACCUGAUAUUGUCGACGAGGCCAUUGAUCUCUUCCGCGCGAACUCGCUUUUCCGGAACUUUGAGAUCAAGGGAGGCGCCGACCGUGCUUUGAUUUACUUGAUUUUGUUCAUUUCAGACUGUCUGACACGCAUCGCUGCGUCGCCCUCGUGGAGUCAGAACGAGGCGCUCAAGCACUUGUCGUCGCACGCGGUGGAUGCCUUUGCUUUGCCUGGUGAUGCCCACUUUCCCCUGAGUACGCUGUACUCGGUGCCCAGCAGCCGUGCGGACGCCGAUACACUGCGCCAAUACCUCACGCAAGCACGCCAGGAGGUGGUGCUGCGCCUGUUGGACAAAAUGUACGUGGACGACGUGCCGAGUCGGUGGUGGCUCGCGUUUAGCAAGCGAAAAUUCAUGGGCAAGAGCCUUUCGUAG